GACGUUUAUCCAAACGCUGGCCAAGCACCAAUAAAGACCCGAAGCUCUCUGGUAGGGACCUUAACGGCAUUCCCUUCAUGUGCACUGGACGAUCGUAAAAUAUCUCAACAUCUCUACUGGUGCUCACGAUGAAACUUGUUGCCUCAUUCGUCGCGUUGGUUAGCCUUUUUCACAUUUCUAGGGGUGCGAAUUGGCCCUUCGAUGUUACAACGAUCUCGGCUCCGGAUGGCUCUAUCACUGCCAAGUUCGUGUCCUUCGGUGCGACUAUGACUGAGCUCUGGGUUAACGACAAACACGGUCAAGCUCGCGAUAUCAUCCUGGGUUAUGACGAUAAUUCUCAGUUGUUGACGGAUCCAGCACAUCCUGUGUUUAACCCAAUUGUUGGUCGUUACGCUAAUCGUAUCAAGAACGGCUCGUUCUCUAUUCCAAUUACCAAGGAUCUUCAACCAGAUGGUCCUAAUGUAUAUCAUAUUCCUACGAAUGAUCAUGACGGCCAAGACACUCUUCAUGGUGGUAUACACGGAUGGGACAGACGCAAUUGGACUAUUACGUCCAAAUCCACGACGAGUGUAACCUAUCGCCAUAUCGAUAAUGCGGAUGAAGGGUUUCCUGGCAUUGUCACCGCAUUCGCCACACAUACUGUUGAGAACGGUGGUAUUCUAAAGACAACGGUACAUGCUACAGCCACAGAGGAGACACCAAUAAUGCUCACGCAACAUAUUUACUGGAAUUUGGACGCGUUCCAAGGCAGCGAGGAUAUUCUAAACCACCACCUUCACAUCGAUAGCUCAAAAGUGGUCCGGGUAGAUGGAAAUGCCGUUCCUACAGGUCAAUUCAUCAAUGUCAACAACAGUGUCUUCGAUUUCCGCAUUCCAAAAAAGAUCAAUUGGGAUUGGAAUGCAACAGUCGGUUUGUGUGGAGGCGAAUGUCAAGGGUACGAUCACUGUUGGAUCUACGAUCAUGAUGAGAGCAGUAAACCUGGGGUCUCGCUUUGGAGCGAUGUAUCUGGGAUUAGGCUGGACGUCACGACGGAUAGCCCUGCUGUUCAAGUUUAUACCGCUUUCUGGCUGGACACUCCUCGCAAAGUCGUCCAUGGAGGCCCUGGUCUUAACUAUACGAGUUUUGCUGCGGUGGCAAUCGAGCAGGAAGGCUACAUCGACGCUGUCAAUACGCCUGAAUGGGGUGUCGAUCAGAUCUACGGCCCGGAUAGAGAUUUUGAAUGGAACUCCACUUACAAGUUUUCCCUUGUACAUUGAGACGCGAAUGGAAUGGUAGGAACCAUGAUUUUAGUACUUUGCGAUACGGCCAGGUGGGAUUUGUUGAUUGUGUGACAGACGGCAUACGCGCCUGGAUGAAUGGAUGAUCGAAUGCACAGUAAACAAGUCCGUUCAAG